GAGGCAGAAGCGGCGGGGCCCGGAACCGCGCUGUGUUCGCUGCAAUGACCGAGGCCGCGUUCCAGAAAGCUGCCGAGGAGGUGAAGCAGCUGAAAUCGCAGCCCACGGACCAGGAGAUGCUGGACAUCUACAGCCACUACAAACAGGCCACGGUGGGCGACGUGAACACGGAGCGCCCUGGCAUGCUGGACUUCAAAGGUAAAGCAAAGUGGGAUGCCUGGAGUGCAUUGAAAGGAAUGUCCAAAGAAGAUGCAAUGAAAGCUUACAUAGCAAAAGUGGAAGAACUAAAGGGCAAAUAUGGCAUCUGAGGACUGGAUAAAUCAACUACAUGCACGCCUGAAACCUGCCUUAUUUCUAAUAAUGUAGAAAACUGGUUUCUAAGAGUAACUUUAGAUACCUAAUGUGUCAUAGUCAGUUCUCCUCACGCCUGUAGUUGAGGAGAAGUUAUGUACCUGCCUAAUGUACUGACACGGUAUAAAUUCCUUCUGGGAACAAAAAUGUGGAACUCAUUAAAGUGCAUUUGGUACUUUA